AUGAAUGAAGAUCUGAAGGUUAAUUUGAGCUGGCUGCCUCAGGAUCAUGUAGAAGCCAGCUUUACCGAGAAUGCCUCAGCCACAGGCUCCUCCCUGGUUCCUGUCGUAGACCCAGAGCCAGAGCUUUUGGUAAACCCCUGGGACAUUGUCUUGUGUACUUCAGGGACCCUUAUCUCCUGCGAAAAUGCCGUUGUGGUUCUUAUCAUUUUCCAUAACCCCAGUCUUCGUGCCCCUAUGUUCCUCCUGAUAGGCAGCCUAGCGCUGGCAGAUCUCUUAGCGGGCAUUGGAUUGAUCAUCAAUUUCGUUUUCGCAUACCUUCUGCAAUCAGAAGCUACGAAACUGGUUACGAUUGGACUGAUUGUUGCCUCUUUCUCAGCAUCUGUCGGCAGCUUGCUGGCUAUUACUGUUGAUCGUUACCUCUCCCUGUAUUACGCUUUGACUUAUAAUUCAGAGAGGACUGUCACUUUUACCUAUGUCAUGCUUAUAUUGCUCUGGGGAGCAUCUAUCUGUAUUGGACUGCUGCCUGUAAUGGGCUGGAACUGCCUCAGAGAUGAAUCCACCUGCAGUGUUAUCAGACCACUCACUAAAAAUAAUGCAGCCGUCCUUUCGGUCUCUUUCUUGCUUAUGUUUGCCCUCAUGCUGCAGCUCUACAUUCAGAUCUGUAAAAUCGUGAUGCGCCAUGCCCAUCAGAUUGCCUUGCAACACCAUUUCCUGGCCACUUCCCACUAUGUGACCACCCGAAAAGGAGUGUCUACUUUGGCCAUUAUUUUGGGGACUUUUGCUGCUUGCUGGAUGCCUUUUACGCUCUAUUCUUUAAUAGCAGAUUACACUUACCCUUCUAUAUACACCUAUGCCACACUCCUGCCAGCUACCUACAACUCCAUCAUCAAUCCCGUAAUAUAUGCUUUUAGAAACCAGGAGAUACAGAAAGCACUUUGGCUCGUCUGCUGUGGCUGUAUUCCUUCUAACAUGUCUCAGAGAGCAAGAUCACCCAGUGAUGUCUGA